AUAGUCGCUUCGUUGUUUGUCAGGUGUGCCUGCGCACCCCUAUGGACGGGCCUGCAGUGGUACAUUCCGAACGCGGACUGGUCUCUAUGGAGUUGUUGCUGAGGAGGAUUUUGAGUUACAGGAGCGAACUGGCGAGCUGGCUGGGCGACAUGGAGACAAGAAUGUCGGCGCGUUACUUUAGGAAUAACCCUUACUCGGGCUGGAAUACAACACUUCUUCUUCUUCUUCUUACUGCGUCAGGUGUGGUGUGUAACCAGGUGCUGGUGCCCCCCCGGGUCAGUGCGGUGCUGGGCAAGAAUGCGACGCUGGCGUGCCGCGUGGAGGUGGACAGCAACCUGAGCCUGACGCAGAGCUCCUGGGAGCGCCGGCUGCCCUCCGGCUCCGUCACGCUGGCCGUGUACAACCCGCGCCUGGGCAUCUCGGUCCCGCCCGAGUACCAGCGCCGCCUCUCCUUCCGCUCGCCCUCGCCGCACGACGCCACCAUCGUCCUGGAGGACGUCCGCUUCGCCGACGUGGGCAUCUACACCUGCAAGGUCGCGACCUUCCCCCUCGGCAACACUCAGGCCUCCACCACCGUCAGCGUACUGGUGGAGCCGAAGGUGUACGUGUCGGCGGGUUCCGUGGCUCUGGUUGACGGGGGCAACGAGACGAGGGUGGCGACGUGCACGGCGGAGCGGGCGCGGCCCCCGGCCGAGGUCUCCUGGGAGACGGAUCUGCACGGCGCGGCGGAGCCCCACCUGCAGGACGAGCCCAACGGCACCACCACCACGCAGGUGCACUACCUGUGGCACCCCAGCCGCCACGGCCACGGCCACACCCUCACCUGCGUCGUGCGCCACCCCGCCCUGCCCUCCGACUUCAGGGUGCCCUACCUGCUCAGCGUGCUCUUUGCCCCGGACAUCAUGGUUAUGGGAUACGAUGGAGACUGGUUUGUGGGCAGAGAGGACCUCCAGCUGACCUGCCAGGCUAAAGCAAACCCCCCUGCACACCACUUCAGAUGGGUCAGGCUGGACGGGGAGAUGCCCGAGGGGGUGGAGAUGGUCAACGACUCGCUGGUGUUCCGCCGACCACUGCAGCGCAACGACUCAGGCGUGUACCGCUGCGAGGUGGGGAACGACAUCGGGUUCCGCAGCAGAGACCUCCGCAUCCGCGUCCACGAUCCCCCCACCACCACCACCGUGUUCCCCACCGUCUAUGUGCCCAUCCUAAAGUCCAGCGCCCACACCACGGCGCCCGGCACCAGGCAGCGCGCGGUCUUCACCUCCCCCACGCUGGCGCCGCUGCAGCCGGGCCCCCUGGGCAGCAUAGUGGGGGGGGCCGUGGGGGGGGCCCUGUUCCUGCUGCUGCUGCUGGUGCUGGCCGGGCUCUACUACCAGAGGCAGCGCAGCACCUUCCGCGGGGACUACUACACCAAGCAGUGCCUGGGGCCCUCGGACAUGCAGAAGAGCCCUCCUCAUCCCGGCCACCCGCUGCGCCAGCUCUACGGCGCCGUGGCGAACGCUAACGCUAACGGCGGGCUGGACGUCAAGUCCUCGCGAGACAUUUGCGACGGAGGGGACGGCAGCGGCGGGUUCGUCUACCGGGACAAGGACCGGGAGGAGUGGGGCGACUACGACCGCGAGCGUGCCCCCAACGGCCGGAGCAGCAGGGCGCUGAGGUCAGAGCUGUCCGGCGAUCGCCAUGACUACCCCGAUCACCACGACUACCAGAACCAUUACAAUCACCAUAACCACCAGGACCAUCACCACGGCAACUAUCACAACUACCAUGACGACCAGCGGAGCAUUCAUCACCCCGGGCCUCGCCGCUACCCUCCUCCGUCAGUGACGACCAACGGAGCCCCGUAUUUCCCCGAGGAGGUCUACGACAACGAGUAUGUGUCGCACACGGACGGCUCCAUGAUCUCACGCCGCGAGUGGUACGUCUGAGCGCGGAGGAGGAGCUGGACAUCCGUCACCAAAUGAUCACCGACACGGGAGCGAAGCUAUUGCACUUUUGUUGUUGCUCGAGGUCUGCCUUCACCAAGAGACUUUUAGACACCGACGUGCUUCUCUCACUCAGCUCCUCAAGGGAUUACCAGAGCCUGGGAGACAAGCAUGAGCAGAUGUGUUUAGUCUAGAGACGUCACACACUGGUGAUCUCAAUCUAUUAGUGGGUAGAAUGUGUGUGUGUGUGUGUGUGUGUUUUCUUUUCUUGGUUACCUGCACAGAAGAGUUUUUUGUGUUUUUCGCUUCUUUGUUUUGUUUUUUUGUGCUCGUAGACUUUGAGAAGGCUUUUUUGUUGUCCCCAGAUUGUGUGUCCGUGAGCCUUCCCUCUCUCCUCCGCCGCGGACACAUUCCACACCCCACUCUGCCUUUCAGAGCCCCUCCGCCACACUGCACUCUUCACUCUCAAGUGGACGCUCCGCUCCGCUCUGCAGCGCUCCAGUGUUCCCGUCAGCACCGUACUGCGGGCUCUGGGAGUUCCCCUAAAUGGCCCGAUGCCAGGCCGCUCGUUCUGAAUCAGCGCUGCCGUUAUAUCCCUCCUGAGUGUCCGUAAAGACGGCCUCUGGCGCUCGGCCUCAAACACCCUCAAGAGCAUGUGCUCUGACCACUACCCGAUGGCACAGCAGCACAUUUGUGAAGGCUCUGAGUUUGGUUGGGUUGGUUGUGGGGUUUUUUUUGUUUGUUUGUGGUGUUUUUGGGCAGGCUAUUUAAAAAGGAACAAAUAUUUUUUGUUAUUGACAUUCCUAUUAUGUUUCCCAUACAAAGAGAAUCUGAAGGACCACCUUGUACACUUGAUAAAUGAACGCAUAAACUUUUGAAGUACUGAUUUGUCAGUCAGCUCUGAUAUGCAAUGGUUAUGUUGUGCUUGCACUCGUCGUUGUUGGAACAAGUUGUUUACAUUGUUAGUCUGGACGGCUC